AUGUCACUUCGGGGUAUUUGGGACAAAACACCCGAAAGGACAUUUCGUUUUGUUAGCUCUAAAGCAAAUACUAUGCAUUCUAAAAAUCCAAUGAUGGGAUUUAUCCCGAAUGGAGUCAUUGGAUGCUGA